AUGCAGUGGGCUACUCUCGCCGCCGCGGCGCUCUUCGCGCAGAAUGUUGCUGCUCAGGGUCAGAUGCUUCGAUUCGCCUGCUCGCAGCUUGUCGUUGAACGAACGGAUCCCUUGGUCAAUCCCGGGAUGAAGUAUACUCCUCAUCUUCAUCAGAUCGUCGGAGGUGACGCCUUCAACGUUACCAUGGACCCGUCCGUCGACUACGCCAAAACCUCCAAGUGCACAUCUUGCAGCUUUACCCAGGACAAGUCAAACUACUGGACUGCAGUCAUGUUCUUCAAGCACAGGAACGGAAGUUACAUCCGCGUUCCACAGGUCGGAAAUGGAGGACCACAGGGAAAGCUCAUCAACGACGGUGGUCUUGAUGUUUACUACAUGAAGAGCGGAAAGGUGACCGCCUUCAAGAAGGGCUUCCGUAUGCUUGCUGGUGUUGCCACCAACACAGACGGCAGCAAGGUCAGGAAGGGUGAUAUCUGCCAUCGUUGCUGGACAUCGCCAAAUGAGGGUACAUUUGUCGGUGCUCAACCUUGCUCCGGAUCCGACACUGUCGACAUCCCAUCAAGCACAUCCUGCAAGAUGAUCCGUCAAACUAUCAUCUUCCCCAACUGCUGGGACGGCAAGAACCUCGACUCUCCCGACCACCAGAGCCACGUUGCCUACGGCCAGGGCUCCGGUGCCACUGGCGGUGGUGCUUGCCCGUCUUCUCACCCCGUCAAGGUUCCUCAGGUCAUGUACGAGCUCAUGUGGAACGUUACUACCUUUGCCGACCAGAGCCAAUGGCCCUCUGAUGGCUCCAAGCCAUUUGUCUACAGCAUGAACCUUGGCGGUCCUGCUGCCCACGGUGACUACGUCUUCGGCUGGGAGGGAGACUCUCUCCAGUUGGCUAUGGACAAGAACUGCGACCUUAACAAGGCCUGCCCUGCCGCAGGUCUCACCGCCCAGCAGCCUGCCCAGUACAACGCUUGCAAGAAGAAGCAACAGGCCGUUGAGGACGUUGAUGGCUGGCUCAAGGAGAUGCCCGUUGGCGAGAAGGCAAUCAAGGCAUAGAGUGUUCCCCGCAUUACCAGCAGCCGCAACGUAUAGUAAUACCCUUGCUAUCGCUAAGAUGGCCACGCUUUCGCUUGGCUUCAGGCUAUAUUCCUCCCCCAAGAGAUCCCUGGCCUGCAAGGAACAGACGGGUAUCGCCUCGCUGGCGGCGGCGGAGGUGGCGGCUGUGGAUACUGCAGCGGCGAAUUCUUUUCUCUUUCUUAGACGCUCUUUAUGCGAAC